AUGGCAGAUGAGUUGGAGAAGUUAUGUGGUAAGAUAACUUUGACGGAAGGGGAGAGGGUGGGUGUAGUAAUCUGUGAGGGGGAAAUAGCGGACGGGCGUGAAAAAGGGGAGCGGUGCCUGGUGGGCAGGAUAGGUGGGGAGCGCAGGGUUAAUAAGGAGGUGUUCCGUUUUGUCUUGUCCCGAAUUUGGAGAUUGUCUGGUUCGGUGCUCUUCAAGGAGGUGCUUGAUAACGUAUGGGUGUUUGAGUUUGAGGAGAUAUCUGAUAAAAGACGUGUGCUAGAAGGCAGGCCAUGGUCUUUUGACCGUCAGAUAUUGGUGCUACAAGAGUUCGACGGAACUACACCGCCUUCACAACUGGUGUUUUCUCAUUCGCCGUUUUGUGUUCAAGUCCAUGAAAUGCCCUUACUAUGUAUGAACAAAGCGGUGGGGGUUAAAAUCGGGGAGUCAUUGGGUUCUGUUGAGGACGUUGAUGUCGCAGGAGAUGGAGAUGGCUGGGGGCGUUGCUUGCGUAUUCGUGUGAACAUUAACCUCCUUGAGCCAUUGGAGAGAGGUCGGGCAUUGCAAGUGGGAGGAAAGUCGCACUGGGUGAUUUUCAAAUACGAAAAGCUUCCCAUGCUCUGUUUUGACUGCGGCAGGAUUCUCCACUGGAGGCAAGGGUGUCCGGUGCAGACUCAUCAAAAGCGAACCAAUGACGGCAGAACCAAAGAGUGGGGAGUAUGGAUACGGGCGGAAGAACCAAGGCGGAGUAAUGGAGGUGACAGGGAUGGCGGAACAACUUUUUCGGCGGAGCAUGGCAGGAACGGCGUUUCUUCGUUCAAGGGGUGGGAGAAUAAGGCAACUUUCUCCACACAAGGAAACCCUAGACGUUACAAUAAUAGUAACGAAGAGGUCAGCAGUAAAAGCUCAGAAUCUUGCCAUAAGGAGGAAGCAAGAUUGGGGGGACCUAGGCCAGGGGCUGAAAUGCAGGGGAUGGAUACGUUAUAUUCGGGAGAAUCUGGUAAUAAUAAUGUUUUGGCCUCUCAAGUAGCGCUGGGUGCCAACGUGGAAGGACUAGGGACCACGAAUGGUGGAACAAAUGCUGCUUCCAUUCAGGCGCACGUGGAGGAAAACAAGAGGGAACUGAAUAUCCCGAACAGCUCACAGGGUGGGACCAACCUAACUAUGACGAUGAUGUGGGCCAAAUUUUGA